AUGUCUUCCUUUUCCACUCUCCGAAGAUUCUCUCUGUUCUUCCAACGAUUCCGCACUCUCCACACUUCCACUUCUCAGUCAUCUCCCAACCCACGCCACAAUCACAAGUUGGGUUCGGCCAUUGUUGUAGCUUCUGCUCUUGCCCUUUUGUAUUGCUUCUCCACACCCAAUUCUGCCUCUCGCAGUUCUUCACCAUCGUUGUUUCAAAAAUCAUCCCUUCCUGAAACUACUCACGGAUUGCUUUUUGGAGAUGAGUACAGGAGUAAGGUUUUCUUCAACUAUGAGAAGCGCCUUCGGUUGCAUAGUCCACCGGAAAAGGUUUUUGAAUACUUUGCAUCUUGCCGUGGUCUAGAAGGAGAGCUAUUCAUGAAGCCAGUGGACCUGAUGCGAGCAGUUGUUCCGGUUUUCCCUCCAUCUGAAUCCAACCUGGUUAGAGAGGGAUACUUGAAAGGUGAAAGAAGUCCUGGCCAUUUACGUUGUCCCCCUUCGGAAUUUUUUAUGCUUUUUGAUGUAAACAGCGACGAGCUUAUAUCUUUCAAAGAGUAUAUCUUUUUUGUAACUCUGCUUAGCAUCCCAGAAUCAAGCUUUUCUGCCGCAUUUAAAAUGUUUGACAAGGAUAAUGAUGGGGAGAUAGACAUGGAAGAAUUCAAGAAAGUGAUGGCAUCAAUGCGAUCUCAUACCAGGCAGGGUGUUCACCACAGGGAUGGACGACAAACUGGUCUAAAGGCUGAUGGUUCUGUAGAAAAUGGAGGGCUGGUGGAAUACUUAUUUGGUAAAGAUGGAAAGGGACGCCUCAAACAUGAUAAAUUUGUGCAGUUUAUAAGAGACUUGCAUGAUGAAAUUCUGAGGCUGGAGUUUGCUCAUUAUGAUUACAAAUCUUGUAAAACUAUAUCGGCCAAGGACUUUGCACACUCUAUAGUUGCUUCUGCUGAUUUGAGUCAUCUAGGCAGGUUGCUUGAACGAGUUGAUGAAUUGAACAAUGAUCCACGCUUUAGGGAUGUACGCAUCACAUUUGAGGAGUUCAAAAAUUUUGCAGAGCUUCGGAGAAAAUUAUUACCAUUUUCAUUGGCCAUUUUCAGUUUUGCAAAAGUACAUGGCCUAUUAGCAAGAGAUGAUUUUCAGCGAGCUGCAUCACAUGUUUGCGGUUUAUCUCUCUCUGACAAUGUUGUUGAGAUUGUUUUCCAUUUGUUUGACACAAAUGGGGAUGGAAACCUAAGUACAAACGAGUUUGUCAAAGUGUUGCAUAGUCGAGAAAGAGACAUUGCUGAACCUGUUGAGACAGGAAUCAUGGGUUUCUUGUCAUGUUGCUGGAACUGUACCAAUACCUCCCCAUCUUCACGUUUGUUUUCCUGA